UCUCUCUCUCUCUCUCUCUCUCUCUCUCUCUCUCUCUCCUCGUUCUUCUCGUUUCAUUUUUUUUGGGGGGGGCGAUCUCUUCGAUCCCUACUCAAAAACAUACGCAAUACACAUACACACGUACACAUCUCUCUCUCUCUCUCUUCUUGCUCUUAGUUUUACUUUGGUUUCCACGGAUCGCACCUUGGGGUUUUCUCGAAACCCUCGAGGAGGAGCGCUGUAUAAAGAGGCGGAGGAGGUUGCUGUGAUCUCCUAAGCUCCCAUCGAGGCGCGCUUCGUCGGAUUCUGCAGGGGUUUCUCGGCCUCGUUUUCGAUAAUGGCUACAGCGACAUUGCAUCAUGCUCUCGGUUCCCUCUCAAUUCAUACGUCUCACAGUAACUCGAAAUAUGAAACUAGAAUGAGCAAUUUUUCAGCAAAAAUGGUUUAUAAAGGAGUUGCAGUCGACCUGGCAUUGGUUUCAAGAGGAAAUCACCGCUUUGGUAGUCGGAAAUUGGGUGCAAUCCAUGCAUCAACUUCAAAUUCUUCAGUAAUUGAUCCAGUUCAACUACCAUCAAAUGGCACCUCUAGUGAACCUCGAAAGAAAUCAAAUGAAAGUGCGCUUAUACUCAUCCGGCAUGGUGAAUCUUUGUGGAAUGAAAAGAAUCUGUUCACAGGAUGUGUUGAUGUACCUUUAACCCAAAAGGGUGUGGAGGAGGCCAUUGAAGCUGGUAAAAGAAUAAGCAACAUUCCAAUUGACAUGAUCUAUACUUCUGUGCUUAUUCGUGCUCAAAUGACUGCUAUGCUUGCCAUGACUCAGCAUCGUCGCAAGAAGGUUCCAAUCAUCCUGCAUAAUGAGAGUGAACAGGCCCAGCAGUGGAGUCAGAUUUACAGUGAAGAAACAAACAAGCAAUCCAUUCCAGUUGUAACAGCUUGGCAAUUGAAUGAAAGAAUGUACGGUGAAUUACAAGGUCUCAACAAGCAAGAAACUGCUGAUAGAUUUGGGCAUGAGAAAGUUCAUGAAUGGCGCCGUAGUUAUGAUAUCCCUCCGCCGAAUGGUGAAAGUUUGGAGAUGUGCGCAGAAAGAGCUGUUGCUUAUUUUAGAGAGCAAAUUGAACCUCAACUUCUGACUGGGAAAAAUGUGAUGAUUGCUGCACAUGGGAACUCACUGCGGUCUAUCAUAAUGUACCUUGACAAGUUAACUUCUCAAGAGGUGAUAAGCCUUGAGCUGUCAACUGGCAUUCCUAUGCUCUACAUUUUUAAAGAAGGAAAGUUCAUUAGACGAGGGAGUCCAAUUGGACCUUCUGAGGCUGGUGUAUACGCCUAUACCAAGAGGUUGGCUCAAUACCGGCAAAAGCUAGAUGAUAUGAUUCAGUAAUACUAAAUACAGGUUUUGAGUACCAGUAAUGGCUCAAACAUUACGACCAAGUUCUACUAUGAUGCUUUUGUUUUUAGAAGCAGUUGUAUUGGGAAUUGAUCAGCUGUUAUAGAGUUAGCAGUAUUCUCCGUAUACAAGGUUACAAAUUCUAAUAGCCUGUUUUGCAAGUUCUAAGAAUGUAAGCAUGAACCUGAUAGUGCUCUGCUGCGUAUUGUAGAAAAUUGGUAGGUGCGAGUCAUAUAGCUAAGACGACUACGUGCAAGAGGUUUUGAUCAAUAUCUUUUGAUGUACUGGGCUACCGGAUUCCUUUGCAAGGUACUCUGUGAAAGUUCUUUAUUUUGUUGAUCUGUAUCCAAAGAACUCAUGGAGUUAGACUAGCUCUCGGGUCUCUUAAUUCCUGUGAUGCAUGCGUUCAGAGUUGUAGAUUGCUCUCCACCUUGCUAAAUAAUUCAUGUGAUGGAUCUUUUUCUUC